UUAACAAAUCGACAUAAAUAUUUUACAGACACGUUAUAGCGCAUCAGCUAGAAUUGAUAAUUUCUGUUCAGUUGAUACUUCAAUUUCAAAAUACUUGUAAUAAUAGUGAUAACAACAAUACCUUUUUUACAUCGCCACUCUGCAUCACGUUACUGUUGGCUAUAAAUUGACUACUAACCACAAAAAGUGUAUACUAAAUAACAUGCAUUUGCUGUUGUCGGUUUUAUUUUUUUCAUCUGCGUUUGCAGAAAUCAUAGUAGAUACUUCAAAUGGUAAAAUACGAGGCACCGAAAUUACAUACAAAGAUAAAAGCAUAUACGCCUUUCAAAAAAUUCCAUUUGCAAAAGCUCCUAUAGGAAAUUUAAGAUUUCAGGCUCCAGUGCCGGCGGAACCAUGGAAUGAUGUUUUAGAUGGAACCAAUGGAGGGCCAUGUUGUAUCCAAAAUGAUAAUACAUCAAACCCACUAAUAUCAGUGGAUGAAGAUUGUUUGCAUAUUAAUGUCUACACACCUACUCUAAACAAUACCGAAAAAUUACCCGUAAUGUUUUGGAUAUACGGAGGCGGUUUUAAGGCGGGAUGCGCUUCAGACGCUUUAAGCUCUAAAAGAUUAGUAAACGAAGGUGUGAUAAUAGUUAGCGCCAACUACAGGUUGGGGGUAUAUGGUUGGUUGUCCACGGGAGAUAAUGUCAUUCUCGGCAACGCCGGCUUCAAAGAUCAAUUGUUGGCUUUAAAAUGGACUCAGGCAAACAUUCAGAAUUUCGGUGGAGAUCCAGAAAAAGUUACUAUAUUCGGCGAAAGCGCUGGAGCCAUAUCUAUAGGAGCUCAUAUUGUUAAUAAAAAGUCAGCUGGAUUAUAUCGAGCGGCAAUAUGCCAAAGCGGUAGUUCCUUGUUUAAAAUUGAAUUGGCGUCAGAGGAUAACCCCAGACAGAUUGCGUACGACAUCGCCAAGUCUAUAGAUCCCACUAUUUCGGAGAAAAAUACUACUACCGAAAUAAAAGACUUUCUUCAAAGUCAGCCUACCGAUGUGUUAACACAAGCAUUUUAUGUAAACCCUCAAGCUGCACCUGUAACAGAAGUAGAAGAUAAAGAUGCUUACGUUACCGAACUGGCAUUUCCGCUUUUGGAAUCUGGAAAUUUUAACCAAGUCCCUCUUAUAAUCGGAACUACUUCUGGCGAAUCUCUUAUGUGGUAUGCGGAUUGGGUAAAACUUGCCGAAACCGCCCUAGAGUACGACACAAACAGUAGCAGCUUGAUACCCUACGAUCUGAUACCCAUCGACGGUGUCGAUUUGAACGAAGUUGGAAACAUAAUCAAAGAGGCCUACGUAGGCAAAUCCGGAUCAUUUUCGACAAAUUUCGGAGCAGUUGUCGAGUAUAAUAGUGACACCAUGUUCGUAACAGCGGCAAUUAAGCAAGCGGAACUCCAAUCGAAAUACGCACCCGUCUACUUUUACAAAUUUUCGUACGAGGGCCUUAUAAGCCUAUUCCAUAUUAAGGUGGAAGGGACGGGCAACGUAAUGCACGCCGAAGACGUUUUUUAUAUCUUCGAUAUACUUGGAAGUUGGACGGAAGGAGACAUUUUGACCGGAGAUAGAGUAGUGAAACUUUGGACCAAUUUUGCGAAAACACUGAAUCCCACCCCUGAUCAGUCAGAUCCGCUCCUUAACGUGACUUGGCUGCCAGUUUCGUCUACGGACAUUCAGUAUUUAGACAUCGACACGACUCUAGAACUUAAACACGGAAGAAAAGCUAAUGAGUUCGCCAUGUGGAACGAAAGUUACUAUAGCUACGGCAAACAACCUUUUAUAGGAUUUGCUGCACCUGUCACUGAAGUAGAAGAUGAAGAUGCUUACGUGAUCGAACUGGCAUUUCCCCUUUUGGAAUCCGGAAGUUUUAACCAAGUCCCUCUUAUAAUCGGAACUACUUCUGGCGAAUCUCUCAUGUGGUAUGGAGAUUGGGUAACACUUGCCGAAACUGCCCUAGAGUACGACACAAACAGUAGCAGCUUGAUACCCUACGAUUUGAUACCCAUCGAAGGGGUCGAUUUGAACGAAGUUGGAAACAUAAUCAAAGAGGCCUACGCAGGCGAAUCCGCGGCUCUAAAGCAAGCGGACCUUCAAUCGAAAUACUCACCCGUCUACUUUUACAAAUUUUCGUACGAAGGUCUUGUGACCCAAUUACACAUCAAUGUCGAAGGGACGGGCAAUGUAAUGCGCGCCGAAGACAUGGCUUAUGUCUUCGAUUUGAUAUUUGGAAGUUUGACCGAAGAAGACAAUUUGACCGGAGACAGAGUAGUGAAACUGUGGACCAAUUUUGCGAAAACACUGAAUCCCACCCCUGAUCACUCAGACCCGCUCCUUAACGUGACUUGGCUGCCAGUUUCGUCUACGGACAUUCAGUAUUUAGACAUCGACAAAACUCUAGACCUUAAACACGGAAGGAAAGCUAGCGAGUUUGACAUGUGGAACGAAACUUACUAUAGCUACGACAAUGACAUUUUCGAAAUAAAAUGCUCAGUUUACAAAGUAAUCACCAGCAAAACUCAUAAAGAAACCUGGACCACAAGGAAGAACAUUCACAAAAUGGAAUUUGCAGACUUUAUAGUCGAUACGACAAAUGGCAAAAUUCGAGGCACUGAACUUACAUUUAGGAACAAAACCAUAUACGCCUCCCGAGGAAUCCCAUUCGCAAAAGCUCCUUUGGGAAACUUAAGAUUUCAGGCUCCAGUGCCGGUGGAACCGUGGGAAGGCGUUUUAGAUGCAAAGAAUUCAGGGCCGUGUUGCAUUGAAAUGAAAAAUGUGACAAGCUCGGGGCUCAACGAACAAGAAGAUUGCCUGAACCUUAACGUCUACACACCCACACUAAACAAUACCGAGAAAUUGCCCGUAAUGUUUUGGAUAUACGGGGGUGGUUUUAUAUCAGGAUGCAGCACAGAUGCAUUUCUAUCACCUUACAAAUUAGUAAAUGAAGACGUGGUAAUAGUUACCUCCAACUACAGAUUGGGAGGUUAUGGUUGGUUGUCCACGGGAGAUAAUGUAAUUUUAGGCAACGCCGGCUUCAAGGAUCAGUUGUUAGCUUUACAAUGGACACAAAAAAAUAUUCAGUAUUUCGGUGGUGACCCGGAAAAAGUGACCAUAUUCGGCGAAAGUGCUGGAGGUGUAUCUGUCGGAGCUCACAUCGUCAACAAAAAGUCGGCCGGAUUAUAUCGGGCAGCGAUAUGCCAAAGCGGAUGUUCUUUGCUUAAAUUUUCACCUGAAUCGCAAGACAACCCCAAACAAAUUACAUUCGAUAUCGCCAAAUCUAUAGAUGCAACUAUUUCGGAGAAAAAUACCACUACUGAAAUAAAGGACUUUCUUCAAAGUCAGCCUGCCGAUGUACUGACGCAAGCAUUCUUUGCGAACCCUCAAUCUGGACCCGUGAUCGAAGUGGAAGAUAAGGAUGCUUACGUCACCGAACUAGCUUUUCCCAUUUUAGAUUCCGGAAAUUUUAACCAAGUUCCUCUUAUAAUCGGAACUACUUCUGGCGAAUCUCUCAUGUUUUAUGGAGACUGGGAUAUACUUGCCGAAACUGCUUUAGAAUAUGAUACCAACAGCAGUAGCUUGAUACCCUACAGUCUGAUACCCUUAGAUGGUGUCGAAUGGAAUGAAGUUGGAAAUAUAAUCAAAGAAGCCUACGUAGGCAAAUCCGGAACUUUUUCAAAAAAUUUUGGAGCCAUUAUCGAGUAUAACAGUGACACAAUGUUCGUAACAUCGUCAUUAAAGCAAGCGGAACUCCAAUCGAAAUACUCACCUGUCUACUUUUACGAAUUCUCCUAUGAAGGUCUUAUUAGCCUUACACACAUUAAGGUCGAAGGGACUGGAAAUGUAUCGCACGCUGAAGACAUUUUUUAUAUUUUUGAACUGUCAAUAUUACCAUUGCCACUGAGCGAAGACGACGCCUUGACCGCAGACAGGCUGGUCAGACUGUGGACUAACUUCGCGAAGACCCUAAAUCCCACCCCUGAUGAAUCAGAUCCGCUCCUUAACGUGACUUGGCUGCCAGUUUCGUCUACGGACAUUCAGUAUUUAGACAUCGACACGACUCUAGAACUUAAACACGGAAGGAAAGCUAACGAGUUUGCCAUGUGGAACGAUACAUUCUAUAAAUACGGCAAACAGCCCUUUAUAGGAUUUUAAAAUAUUAUUAAGGGUUUUCUAAAUUUUAUAUCAAUAAAGAUUGGUGCAGUGAUACCAUGUAAUGAAUA